ACUCUUCUGUGUAGAAGUGACUCCAGGUCAAAUUGUUACAGCCCUUUGCUGCCUUGGUGUGCUCUCAAUCAACUCCUUCAUCAGCCCCGUGAAGACCCAGGGCAGGCACCAGCCAUGCGGAUGCUGUACCUGCUUCUCCCCUUCAUCCUCCUGUUGGUCCACAGUGCUGCAGGAUCCUCCCUGGUCCCAGGAAAUAAGGAAGAAUGCAAGCGAGAAAACGGCUACUGUGGGUUUCUGAAGUGCUCUUUCCCCUUUGGCAUCCAGGGAAAAUGUUCAAGGUUUUUCUUUUGCUGCAAAAAAAAUGUCCCAGCAGGACAUUCCCCUCGCUUCUGGCUCCUGGAACCAUCUCCUGAGGUCCUUUCCCCUCCCUGCCUCUGCCAUGCCCAGCUCCUGGCACAGCAGCAGUGGCAGCUGCUCCUGCUGGGUGCUGCUGGGCUGGAGACAUCUCGUCCCAGCCGUGGGGUCUGUGGGGCAGAGGCUGCUUUUGCCAGCUUGAAUAAAGAUGAG